GAAACGAAACGCAUCCAUGUGACAGAACAGCUGAGCCCGCUGAAAAAAUAUUUAUUGUGUUGACACCACAUUCCUCUCCCCAUCUAAAAAUGUGUUCAAUGUGUUGACACCGGCCAUGCACGGGACAGCAACCACAAAUAUCACCAAGUAAUCGUGUAAUAAUCUCAAUAUCCAAUCUACUUAUAUCACAAAAAUGUCAGCAAGUAGAUUGGAUGCAGUUUAUCGCAGUAUACUUAUUACAAAAUUUUUCACUAAAGGAUGGGGAAAGCCUGAAAAUUUACGUCGGUUAUUCGAGUUUAGAAAAGUAGUAUCGAACCGAGAUGAAUGCUUCAAGCUCAUUGAGAGAGACUAUGCAGUUACUAUCACUAAGGAACAAAAACUAUCAGACUGCACACUACUGGAAGGGUACUUUAUAUCACCACUGCACCGCUACCUGCCCGGGAUAGUGCCGGAAAUGGCUCAGAAGGCCCACUUCCAGGUGCUUCUGCCUAUCCACUGGCCAGAGAAGGGAGUUAAACCCAUGUGCUUGCAUCUGGCUGGUACCGGUGACCAUUUCUUCUGGCGACGUCGAAAUCUUAUGGUGAAGCCGCUCAUCAAAGAAGCUGGCAUUGGCGGCAUCAUCCUCGAGAACCCCUUCUACGGCCUCCGGAAACCGAUAGACCAAGUGCGCUCAUCUCUCCACAAUGUGUCAGACAUCUUCGUGAUGGGUGGUUGCCUGAUUCUGGAAUCACUAGUUCUAUUCCACUGGUGUGAACGGAACGGACUCGGUCCCCUCGGUGUUACCGGACUGUCCAUGGGCGGUCAUAUGGCGUCGCUAGCAGCUACGAAUUGGCCGAAACCCCUGGUGCUGGUGCCGUGCUUAUCCUGGUCGACCGCGUCUGCAGUGUUCCUACAGGGUGUCAUGUCACAAUCAAUAAACUGGGAUUUACUAGAAGACCAGUACCUCUCGGACGGCGAAUACCGCGAAAAACUCUCCAAAAUGGUCACCAUUGUCGACGAGGCUUUUCUAGCAGGAAAAAAAUUCGCACAAACCUACCAUCCCUCCACCCAUCCCGUCUCCACCACCGUUGACGUAGCUAAAAAACUAGACGUAACUUAUAACGAGACCAAUUUAGAAAAUCCAGACAUCGUAGAUAUGACAAAGAAUAUGGUAGAGUUAAAUAAAAAUGUGCCAAAGAAAAAAGCGAAGCCUUUUCCGAGGGAAACUUUGAUUCAAGAGUUGCAAAGGCUUCUGGAUGAGAAGAAAAUCAGCCAGCAGCUGUAUGAGAAGUUGUUGUCAAACGACAAGUUUGAGUUGCUGCCGCAGGAUAUUGAAGAUAUCAACAAGUUGACGGAAGACCAUUUUAAUGAGAUAUUGAUGAAGUGUAAAAUUGCGGAUUUGAGAUCAACAGGUAUUGUUGAAAACAAUACAGAACUAACCAAAACCGACCAAAAGACUGGCGCCCAGCCCAUUUUAAAACCACAAACACAACUACAACCAGUCCCAGAGACCAAACUAGUAAAAGCCAAGAGUAAGUCCUGGACAGUCUCAGAGAUAACGUCGGAUCUGUGGUCGAAUCUGCCUUUCUUGAAGAGUAAGAGCGAGAAGAAGAUAGACUGGAGCAAGGUGCAUUGGAGGGACAGAGAGGCACUGCAGUUCAUGAGAGGGAUCAUGGAUGAGUGCACGCAUUUAAGUAACUUCUCUGUGCCGUUUGACACUUCAUUGAUUAUUGCUGUGUGUGCGAAACACGACGCGUAUGUGCCUCGCGACGACGUGGGCACGCUAGAGGAGAUCUGGCCCGGCGCUGAAGUGCGCUACGUAGACGCCGGGCACGUGUCCGCCUACAUCCUGCACCAGUCGCUCUUCAGGUCUUGCAUAAAAGAAGCAUUUGAACGGUCAAAGAAAAAAUGGAGAGACGGCAAACAUAACUGACGGUAGCUUUCACCUCAAACUACAAUUCAUUUUUUUUAGCAUUAGAAUAAAGAUAAACAAUCUUGGCGGGUCUUUUUUAAAAAAAAUAUAUUACUUAUGAAAGCAAAAGAAUGUAAAAGAUCGUAUAUGAUUUAUAAUUGUAACAUAUUUCUGUGACUUAUUUUUCAAAAGUGAUUUUUAAUUAAAGAGACACGUCAAAGAUUGCUUACCUUCUUUCUAAUGCUAAAAAAACGAACUAUAGAACUACAUAGUCUCCUCAAUCGGUAGCAAAUAUUCUCACUGUACUAACAACUAACUGGGCAUGGUUAGACCUUAAGCUUUUAUUAAUUAGGUUUACCAAUGGACAGUUACUUGUGACAACGAUGGUAUAUGCCUGAUUAAGGCGGUAUUCACAUUGCACACGGAUCCAGCGCUCCGGUGUGCGAGCGAGACAUCGCUACAUAAAUCCGUAAUGCUGUCUCGCUCACAUACCGGAGCGGAAUGCGGGUCCGCAUCAGUGUGGUAACCGCGUUACUUUUAGACUAAUCGGUAAGCAAAGAAACAUAUUUUCAUAUUGAAGCUAUAAAAGCCAUAUAAGUGUGAUACGAAUACGAAAAAUUAUGCAAUACGAUAGUGUUCGAUUAUAAUAUAGACGUGUGAUAACUUUACAAUCUUUACAUGCAUAAGAAAAUGUACAAAUUAGAAAUAACGUGAGCUUAUGAAUGUUUGUGUCUGAAUAACAAUAAUUAUUAAAAUGAUGUUAACAUUUCUGUAUAAUCGCUCAAUGUCUAGUUGAUAAUGAACCUUGUAACUGUACUAUAAGGUGGAAAAUAAGACGCCUUAUUAGGUUGAAAUUUUAAAACUUUUUAUACUAUUAGACAGUCAUGUUUGUACUGUAGUUCUGCUGCUGACUUUAUCAUGUGAAUGGUAAUUUUUAAGCCUAUUUUGGCGUUUGAACGUUUUCGAUGUUUUAUUAUAAAAUACGGUAUCUCGUGUAAUUGGUACAGUGCAAAGAUAAAGUCAAAACCAUCUCAGCGCAUGCUUUAGCAUAAAUAUAUUCUUUACGACCGAAUUUCUUUGAUAUUAACUGUCGAGUAACUAAAGAUUUUCCAAAAGUCAGGCGCCAUAAACUGCACAAGCGCACAUAGCCAAUAAUGGAUAUAAAAUAAUAAUGCCUUAUAAUAAUUAUAAUACAUAUCUGACGCUGCGAAUUUCAAGGUAUAUUUGUCAACAUUUUACAUGUGUGUGAGUAACAAAAGCUUUUGCGUUUUUGUGAGACAAUCCUAGUUAUUUACACGUAUUUAUUUAGUCCCAGAAUAGUGCAUGGACCUUUAAUUUAUUAUACUUAGAGCUUUUCUGAUACCGUUAUGCUUUUCAUAGAUUUAUUACAACACAAGUGUAAAUAGUGUAUUCUUUUUUGAGAUACGAAGUUAUAAUUUUUAUAAUAAAUAUUGUUUUAUG